AAAAAUAAUUAAAAAUGAAAUUCUUCACCGUAUUUUUGUUGUUCGCGAUGAUUUUCGCCACAACCUUUGCCUGCUUAUGUCCAGCAAAUUAUACGCCUGUUUGCGGAUCUGAUGGAGAAACUUACGCGAACGAGUGUGCAUUAAAAUGUGCACAAAAGAGCAAAGUUGGAUUGGAAGUCGCUCAACAAGGAGAAUUAAAAAUGAAAUUUUUCUCCGUAUUUUUGUUGUUCGCGAUGAUUUUCGCCACAACCUUUGCCUGUUUAUGUCCACAACAUUACCAGCCUGUUUGUGGAUCUGAUGGAAACACUUAUGGGAACGAGUGUACAUUAAAUUGCGCACAAAAGAGCAAAGUUGGAUUGGAAGUCGCCAAGCAAGGAGAAUGCUAAACGUUCUAAAUUUUAAAAUUAUUCAAGAGCUUUGAACAAAAAUGCGUAAAAAAUAUUUUAGAAAAUUGGAGUAAAAUU